AUGAAGACCACUGCUAUUGGAGGCCUGGCUCUACUGGCUGGCUCGCCCUUCGCGGCUGCCAUCAGUCAGGUCAACAACCCUGCUAAGCAGGAGAAGUAUACGAGCGGUGCUGUUAUGGACGGCAUUAUGGCUAAGAAAUACGCCACCUGGGAUUUGCAGAAGGCUUCUGGUGCCAUGGACUCGACUCUUUACAAGUCAUACGCUGGCGCCGCACCUGUUGCCUGUGUCAAUGGGGUCGCUGAGGUCGUCCCCGGCGAUGCGAACAAUACGUUCAAGUGCAGCAACAUCGACUUUUAUGACUUCAAGAGCCACGCUGACUUGGGCUCUUCUGUUGGCGAGGGUGCUUCGACCUGGGGUUGGACCAGUGAAGAAGGCCGGGAGUUCGUUGCCAUCGCUCAAGCUGAUGGUGCUGCUUUCGCCGAGGUCUCCACGGAGGGUAAAUUGGUCUACCUUGGCCGCCUUCCACAAUACUCGGCAGCUCAGCCCAGCAUCUGGCGCGAGAUCCGAGGCUAUAAAAGCCACAUCGUGAUUGGUAGCGAGGCACAGAGGCACGGUGUUCAGUUCUUCGACAUGGCCAAGCUAGUCGACGUCGACCCGGCCAGCCCAAAGACGUUCGGCGACGCCGACCUGACAGGCCACUUCAACGACCUCCCCAUCGGCCGCACGCACAACGUCGUUGUGAACGAGGAGCUCGAGUACGCCGUCGCCGUCGGCGCGCAACCCAGGAACUCGUCUUGCGCGUCCGGUCUCAUUUUCAUCGACCUCAAGGACAUCAGCAACCCAACCUCGCCCGGCUGUGCGUCUGGCGACGGCUACGUCCACGACGCCCAGUGCCUGGUCUACCGUGGCCCUGACGAGAAGUACGCUGGCCGUGAUAUUUGCUACGGCUACAAUGAGGAUACGUUGACGAUCUACGACGUGACCGACAAGACUACCACAAACAUCAUUUCGCGUGUCGGCUACGACGGUGCUUCUUACACGCACCAAGGAUGGGUCACUGACAAGAACUGGCAAACCACUCUUCUUUUGGACGACGAGUACGAUGAGUAUGACUCGGCUGGCGCCGGUGCAAACGGCUUCCCGAUCACGUACUUUUGGGACAUCACUUCGCUCGAGGCGCCCGUCCUCACGGGCUACUUCCGCAACGAGUACGCCCAGGGCAUCGACCACAACCAGUACGUCAUCGACGGCGUCGCGUACCAGAGCAACUACGGCGCCGGCCUGCACGUGAUUGACAUCUCCUCGCUCGAGACCGACAAGAGUGGAGCCGGCGUCACCGAGCUCGGUUACUUCGACAUCUACCCCGAGAACGACGCGCUGCCCGGCGGCGGCAGCAUCGAGUUUGUCGGCACUUGGGGCCACUACCCGUUCUUCCCAUCCGGCUUCAUCGUCGUCAACACUAUCGAGAGGGGGGCUUUCGUCGUGAAGAGGACCAACGCUUAA